GAGCCGAGGAGGCUGGCAGGUUCUAACUCCCAACUCCAAUGAGCUCGCAGCCAGACACACACUCUCACUCUCAGACGCACACUAAACACUCUGCGCGGCGCUCUCUCUUCAACCCUGGGACACGGAGGAGCAGCAGAAGGAAGACGGAGCGGAGGAGAGAGGGGGAGAAAGGCAAGAGGGAGACUGGCGGAGUGUGAGGGAGGAUCAACCAUGGCUUCAGAUCCGGGGCUGGCUGUGAUACUGCUGUGGACUAUAUCACUCAGGGCUGCGGGCGCCGCAGGAACCAGCAGCAACGAGGUGAAUCUCCUUGACACGACAACGAUAACUGGAGACUGGGGCUGGCUGACGUAUCCAUCCCAUGGGUGGGAUGCCAUUAACGAGAUGGACGAGUAUUUUACGCCGAUUCACACAUACCAGGUGUGUAACGUGAUGAGCCCCAGUCAGAACAACUGGCUGAGGUCUGGCUGGAUCCCUCGAGAAGGAGCCAGGAGGAUCUACAUCGAGGUCAAGUUCACCCUGAGAGACUGCAACAGCAUGCCUGGUGUUCUGGGUACCUGCAAGGAAACCUUCAACCUGUUCUACUAUGAGUCGGACAGAGCCGUGGGCUCGGCCAUACGGGAGAACCAGUUCAUUAAGAUCGACACCAUUGCUGCAGACGAGAGCUUCACAGGCGUGGACCUGGGGGUCCGCAGACUGAAGCUCAACACUGAGGUGAGAGGGGUGGGCCCUUUGAACAGACGGGGUUUCUACCUGGCCUUCCAGGACAUCGGCGCCUGCAUCGCCCUCACCUCGGUCCGGGUCUACUACAAGCGCUGCGUGGGCGUCAGCCGCAACUUGGCAGUUUUCACGGAUGUAGUGACAGGGGCCGACUCAUCCUCGCUGGUGGAGGUCAGGGGUCAGUGUGUUGACCACGCUGAGGAGAGAGAUACCCCUAAGAUGUACUGCAGCGCAGAGGGCGAGUGGCUGGUGCCCAUUGGACGGUGCGUGUGCUCAGCCGGCUUUGAAGAGCACAGAGACUCCUGUGUUGCCUGUGAGGUGGGUUUCUAUAAGCCGGUUGCAGGCGACGGCCCGUGUGGGAAAUGUCCCCAACACAGCCACUCAGAGACCAGAGCCGCCGUCUCCUGCCCCUGUGACUCCAACUACUACAGGGCUGCAGAUGACCCGGCAGCAGCACCCUGCUCCCGCCCUCCAACCGCUCCAGUGAACGUCAUCUCUUCAGUCAAUGGGACGUCUGUGGUCUUAGAGUGGGAUCGGCCGCUGGAUACCGGGGGACGCAGCGACCUGCAGUACAGCAUAAUGUGCAAGAGGUGCUCAGGGGACGGGCCCUGUGAGGACUGCACUGCUUCCCCUGGAGGCAGCAGUGGGGGGAAGGUGGGCGGCGGGGCCAGCAUCGGCCUGGGAGGUGGGGGCAUCGUGGAGCGCUCCGGCAGCGCCGCGGUCCGAUUCAUUCCUCGCCAGAGUGGUCUGACGGAGUCCCGGGUGACGGUGCUCAACCUGGUGGCCCACACCAACUACUCCUUCCGCAUCCUGGCCACAAAUGCUGUGACACACCUGAGCAACGAGGCUUCGCCGUAUGCUGUGGUCAACAUCACAACAAACCAGGCAGCCCCCUCGGAAGUGUUAUCCAUCCGCCAGGAGAACGCCAGUCAGAACAGUGUGACUCUGAUGUGGCACGAACCCGACCAGCCCAACGGAGUCAUCCUAGAGUACGACCUCAAAUACUAUGAGAAGGACAAUGAAGAGCACAGUUACUCCACCCUAAAAACUAGAAACACCAGUGCUCUCGUGUCGGGGCUGAAGCCGGGGACAAAGUACAUCUUCCAGGUCCGGGCCAGAACAUCAGCAGGCUGCGGACGCUUCAGCCAGAACGUCGAGAUCCAGACCGGAAAAGCAGCUCCUCUGCGUUACAACACUAUGACCAUCAUCUGGAUCUCCAUGGCCCUGGUGUCCGGCCUGGUCGCCUUCCUGGCCAUCAUCAUCUGCAGGAAACGGCAAGGCUACACUUUACCACACUACCCGUCGCUGCUACACUGUGGCUACAGCAAAGCGUUCCAGGACUCCGAUGAGGAAAAGAUGCAUUACCAGAAUGGUCACGUGUCAUUCCCCGACGCGAGGUUCUAUAUCGACCCGCACACGUACGAGGACCCCUGCCAGGCGGUCCACGAAUUUGCCAGAGAAAUUGAAGCUUCCAGGAUCAAGAUCGAGAAAAUUAUCGGCUCAGGAGAAUUCGGAGAGGUGUGUUACGGACGGAUGAGGCUUCCUGGGAAACGAGACAUCCCCGUGGCGCUGAAGACGUUGAAGGCGGGAUACACUGAGAAACAGAAGAGGGACUUCCUAGCUGAAGCGUCCAUCAUGGCCCAGUUUGAUCAUCCAAACGUUAUCCGACUUGAAGGGGUGGUAACUCACAGUAAGCCAGUGAUGAUCAUCACAGAGUACAUGGAGAAUGGCUCUCUGGAUGCCUUCCUGAGGAGACACGAUGGCCAGUUCACCGUCAUCCAGCUGGUCGGGUUGCUGCGCGGCGUCGCAGCAGGUAUGACCUACCUGUCCGACCUGGGCUACAUCCACCGGGACCUGGCUGCCCGCAACAUCCUGGUCAACAGCAACCUGGUGUGUAAGGUAUCUGACUUUGGCCUGUCCAGAGUCCUGGAGGACGACCCCGACGCUGCAUACACCACCAGUGUGAGUUUUCACAUUGAGGGUGGAAAAAUCCCAAUCCGCUGGACGGCUCCGGAGGCCAUCGCCUACAGGAAGUUCUCCUCCUCCAGCGACGUUUGGAGCUACGGCGUGGUCAUGUGGGAAGUGAUGUCAUACGGAGAGCGGCCGUACUGGAAUCUCACCAACAGAGACGUCAUUAAGUCUGUGGAGGAGGGCUACCGGCUGCCUGCGCCGAUGGGCUGCCCCGCUGCUCUGCACACACUCAUGCUGGACUGCUGGCAGAAAGAUCGCAACGAGAGGCCGCGCUUUUGCCAGAUCGUCACCGUUCUUGACAAGCUGAUCCGCAACCCAGAGAACCUGAAGUCCAUGGACACUCUCUGCAGUUUAAGCAGUCCUCCGUUAGUGGAGAGAGCCAUCCCUGACUUCAGCAGCUGUAACUCUGUAGACGAGUGGUUGGACACCAUAAAGAUGGGCCGAUACAAAGAGCACUUUGCAGCAGGGGGCUUCCACACUCUGGGACACGUCAUAAGCAUGAAGCAAGGGGACAUCCAGAGGCUUGGCGUGACGCUCAUGGGUCAUCAGAAGAAGAUCAUGACCAGCGUCCAGCUAAUGAGAGCGCAGGUCCUCAACAAGAGCGUCCCGUCGGUCCACGUAUAACUCCAGAGCUGAGGUCACUGACUGCUUUACAGUCCCAGGCUUUUGUAAGGCCGACAAGGACGCCUUGAAAAACAAAAACGACAGGUAAACAGGACGAGACACUACCUAAGAACUUUUCAAGAUUUUUACUUGAGAAUUUAAGAACAAAACGUAAAGGGAUCGAUCGCCUGUGGAAGCGAGGAAACGUGACACCUUUGGGACCUACCUUUUCUUUUUCUCUUCCUACUGAAUACAGUUAUAUCUCUUGUUUAAGAAUGAAAAGACUGCCUUAAUUAUGACAUAUUAUUUUAAGUUUGUUGUCUACUGUGAAAAAAAAUGAUAAUUUAUGGUGAAUAUAUGAGAGUAGUGUGAUUUCCAGUCCCAGGGAAGAGCCUGAGCCCUGCGGUGAUGUAGCACAGGUCGUGUGUUUGGAAAGGUUCUGAUGCUGCUGUAGAAAGGCAGCAAUAAACUUCAGAAGAGAGCCGUUCAGAACGAGACUGAAGUGAGGAACAUGAGCCGGGGCUCACCUGAAGCUGGCUCACCUCCAGCUUCACCCCAGAUUUUAGCUCUGACAACGGGCCGCGGUGUCAGAUCUGCUUCCCAACACGAACCACGCUGGAGACCCAGAACCUCCUGGCCGGCCGGCCUGCAGCUGCUGUGCCUGGAAGAUGUGUAUAACUCAACUAUAGUGCACUUUAUUCUACAAUCUUUUCGUGUUCAAAAGGCUUUCUGGUUGAAACACAACUGAACGCACGGCGCUAGCUAAAAAUUAGGUGAUUUAUCACAUCUUUUAUUUACCAGACAAAAAAAAGUAAGUGAAUCUAAAAGCUAAAGCCAGCAACACUCAGACAGUUGGGAGAUGCUUCAGCUUUUUGUUUGGUUUUGGGGUUUUGUGUGUGUUAACAUUACGUGCAGUGUACAGGUAAAUCUGUGGCCAGCUUGCUGAAUAAGGGAUUCUCAGUCUACCUCACACUCUCAGCAGGAGUCAAGAUCUGGACUGCAGGCAGGCCUACUCGGCACAAACUUAGUAUCUGAAAUUUUGCAAUAGAAGUAAAACUCCUGAGAAACAAAACAAUGUUGUGACUUUAGCAUGUUUCCAAAGUAACAUUCAGUUAUCCAUGCUGUACCAUCCCAUAAUACCACAAAUAUGGACUUUUACAUGUUUUUUUUUUAUUAUUAUUUACAUUUAAUGUUUAAACAGUCAAAACCAGGUUUGUGUGAUAGUGUAUAAUUUUGUUUUGAUCCAACUCUUUGCUUCAACAAUGUCCUCGGUGCGACAGUUUAGCUUAGCAAAAUAUUUAAAUCCAAGAAUAUCUUUAUAAUCCAUUCAGACGGUCACGGAUGCAGUUGUCACUAAAAUGAGUAUUUUUAACUCAUAGUUAUUUAACAGUAAAGCUACUUUCUUUGCCUCUCCUAACUGUCUUUAGAGUGUUACGGUGCUAACACACAGAAAUGACGCUAACUCUAGAUUUUCAGUUUGUCUGGCUUAUAAAGGCUCGGAGGACUUAACGACGAUUUAGUUUUUCGUUUAAUUAAAAAUGAAACCUUUGAAAAUAAGGUUUGUAUAUAAAUUAAUAUAUUUUAUAUUGACUGUAUAAACACACAUUACAAUGUGUUUUGGAAAGCACAUCAGUUGACAGGAGUCCAUUCUUAAAGGGAUGCAUUUUCUUAUUAGAGCAGCCUUUGAUUCAGGAAUUGAUUCAACGUAAGCACACUUUUCAUGAAAAAUAAAAGUUUUAAUUUCUUAAAGAGCAGACGUUUCACAUCAAAGUGAAUCUGGGACGAGGCAACACGGUGGCACAGCUGCUAGCACCACCGUCUUACAGCAAGAAUCUCCUGGGUUUGAAUCCUGGCUUUGCUUUCUGGGUUGUUGGAGUUUGCAUGUCGUCCUUCGUAGAUGCAUGGAUUCUCCCCGGGUACUCCAGCUUCCUCCGGCUGCUCAAAACUACACAUGUAAUUUACCCUUUUGAGUGUGUUUGUGUGUGUGGGUGUGUGUGUGCAUGACUGUGAUGAUCCGUCUGAGAUGUUACCCCUGUGCUGUCCCAACGUAUUUAUGCCCUGGGACUCUUUGACACUUUUCAGAUCAUAAAGCACAUUUUAAUAUCAGACAAAGAUAACACGACUAAACACAUAAAGCCAGUUUUAAAAAUAAAUUCAGUAAUAAAAGGAUUUAAUAAGGAAAGGAGGCCCUGCACUCCAACCCAGCUGAAUGUUGGCUUCAUGUACAACUUGCCUGUACAUGAAAAAGAAAUCAAGCUUCACUGUAACAUUUGCCCUGGAGCCUUAUUGUCGGGCAGUGAGUCUUUUAUUUUGAAGGCAUUUCAACCCGCCAUUUUUAGCAGAAAAAAAAGAUGGAGUGUUUUUUUUCUUGCAGGUUUUAUAUCACAGCUAAAACCUUUGUUUUCCAGUCAACUCGAUUCAGAUAAAAUAACUGAAUCGAGUUGACUGGAAAAGGAUUUUGGAAUAAAACUGAUUUGUCCUCAACAAGAAUGCUGCAAAGUUUCCACUGAGCAGAUAAUUGCACUGUUUGACUAUUUAUUUUUCCUGAAAUAAAUAAAAUCAUUAGAAAACAGUGUUUCGUAUUAAUCCAGGUUGUCUUUGUCUGUUGUUAACAUUUUUUUGAUAAUCUAAAAUAUUUGCCUGUACUGUUAGCUCAUUGCUGGCUAACUCAAACACAGUACCCAACUUAUAGCUGCCAAUUUAAAGAAAUUAAUAAGUUGUGUAAUUUAGGUAGCGCUCUUGAAAUAACAGAAUUAAAGUAAAUUAUGAGCAUUUGUAAAAAAAUAAUAUAUACUAUGUAUUAAAAAAAUAAAUAAAUAUUGAUCUUUUGAGCAAAACAAUAACUUUUACAGACUUAAAGUCUCUCCAGAAUGGCUGUCCACGUCCAUCAAGGCAUUUCCUAUUUGCUAAAUCAAGACAAAUUGAGUUUGUAUUCAGUCAUCGUUGAUCAAAAUGCCUUCUGAACUAGCAGAUAAUCGAUAUAUUUCCAAACAUAGAAAUGUAAAAAAUUACAGUCACUAUUUCUGCUCAGCUUCAAUAUUUAUUCUAUGUAUCUUUCAUGCAAAAAUAUCACACUGCAUAGCUUUCACAUCAGAUUUACACCAUCGCAUCUUGUCGCUGUGUCAUCAAACGUCCGCUGUGUAACCAGAUGUGGACGUUUCACAUUCGUCCAAGAAGUUAGAGCUCAGAUCUGGAACCAGGUUGACACGAGGAUCUGCUUUUAGUUGUGGUCUUAAGUGCCAUCAGCAGCACAAAUUGUUUUGAUUUUCCUCUCCAUUUUUUUGUGUCGGAAACACAAAAGGAACAUUUCAUGAAUUUGAAAUGUGUUUGAAACAUGUCAAAUGUGCUGAUGACUACAUGCCGUGUCACCGAUACUGCAAACUGAUGUUGGACUCACGCUGGUGACCUCCAGAUGUCAGCAUUCUGACUUCAGGCGCCGUUCUUGCUGUAAUGCAAAAUGGAAAUUCAGAAAUUGUCAUUUCUGGACAUAAAAUGGUGGUAAAAUUAUACAUUUUUGAAUGUGUUAUUUUUUUUCUAUUCUCUUGGAAGAAAUGUAGCACAACCGAAAAUCCUUGUGUUAUUUUUUUUACUUUUCUUUCUUUCUUUAUUUUUUUUCAACAACAUGUAUUAAAUCUACUGAAGUAAAUUUAGGAUCAGUACUGAUUCUUUUUUGAUGAUCCAAAAGUGAAUGCAGUGCCUUUAAAAAGUAUUCACCCCCUUGAAUGUUUUCCCUUUCUGUUGGUUGUGGAUGAUUUUGUUUUUAUAAAUCAAUCAUAAUCAACAAAAUUUGGCUUUUUUUGAAAAAAAAAAAACAUUCAGAAAUAAAAAAAUUUAUAAUGUUAAUGUGAGAAUCAAUUACUACAAAAAUCAUUACCAUUAAAUAAAAUAUGCAUGUAGUUAAUGAGGAAUAUUCAUGCAACAUUUAUUUUAUGUGAAAUACUUUAUUUAAUUGUCAUUACUUUGGAGGAAUACAUUUUUACUUCAACAUUAAAGCGUUUUAAUGUUGCGUUUUAACUCUUUGGUUCAAAAAGCCAAACUUUACUGAUCAUGAUGCAUCGAUAUAAAGUGAAGAACAUUCAAGGGAAUGAAUAAUUUUUAUUGGUACUGUAUCUGCAGACACAGAUCAGUGUGACUAUGAGGUAAAACAUGGCACAUGAACUGCAAAGGCUGUAAAAUAAAGUGUUUCUUUGACAUCUGCUCACAUGGUUUGCCUCAGUCCUGACAAAAGGCAACAAAGAACAUGUCAGUGAAAUGUUUGCAAAUUAAAAACUUUGCCUAAACUUCUAAAGCUUGUUGAUUUGUGCGAACAGGAGAAUGUCUUUUCUGGUCGAACUCCCUCCGGUUGGUUGAUACUGUUUUUAUUAGAGAACUUUAUUAUAUUUCUUGUAUUAUAGUGACAUUUUACUACUGGUUUCAGACUUUUGUUUUCCUUUUGGAUGCUAUUGAAGUCACAGGGCUUGAACUGUAAAUCCAUAUUUUCUAAAGCUAGGAUCUGUUUUUUGCUAGAUGAAUCGAUUUAUAAUGUAUUCAAGAUGUUCAGUCACUGGAAGGAAGAAAAGAAAGGCCCGAUUUGUUCACAUCUCAUUAUUUAUUCGGACGUUUUGUUUCAUAAACGAUACCAACUCUGAACUGAUCUGUUGUCAUGGAUGAGUCAUCCUUGUUGCUGAUGAUAAAUCAUAUAUGUGCAAACUGUUCAUAAAGACACAAU